AUGGCUAGCGUUUGCAUUCCUGCAGUUUACUUCGGAGCUCACGAAGUUUGCGAUCUGUUCUCGAAGAUGCAGACGUUGCUUUUUUCAGGCUAAUAUAUUGAAUGGCGGGUUUUGUAGCAGAUCGUUAGAAGAAAAAAUAGUUGAGCGCUUGGAAAGCGUACACGACGUCGGAUAUUUGUCUAAAGUGAAAACAAACUGUCACGAAGAAGUAGUGUUUUAUGCAGAGUUGCAACGGGCCGGGCCGGGCCAAAAUUUUCAAAACUCCGGCCCGGCCCGGCCCGGUCGGCCCGGUUGAAAUAGCGGGAAUCCAAAUUUUGAACUAUUGAUUAAAUAAAAUGUUUUUUCGUAGAACUAACGAAUUUUGCAAGUAUCGAGCAUAAAAAAGAAAUGUAGUUCUCAAAAAUAGUUUUUAUUGGCAUCAAAGCAAAAGUUUUAAUUUUGAUCCCCGCAAAAAAAAAAACGAAAAAGUAGAUUUCCCCCAAAAAUUUGAAUUCGCGCCUUUUGAGCCGGGCCGGCACUUCUCCGGCUUUUUUGCUGGCCCGGGCCGGGCCAGCAAAUUUUCGGCCCGUAAUCUGGCAAGUCUGGUUUUAUGAACUAACAAAUCUUUUCGGCUCUGUAAUUUAGUUAAUUUCUCGCCGUUACUCAUUUUUUUCAUGAAUCACUGGAAGUUUUGUAGCCGAAACAUCAGUACUUGAAGAUCUCAAAGUUAAUCCUUUUCUGGACCGUUUCCGCAGAAGCUCAGGCACGCGACUGUAGCAAGUUGUUAGGUUGUUCCAAUUGUCUGAGUUACAUCCUUUGGUCACAUUUAUUCAGAUUUCACUCAAUCGGACCCACUAGACUACCUAGUACGAGCACUAGAAUCACUAACUCUGGCAAUUCGAUAUUAAUCUAAUUAGAAAGUUACUGAUCUAAACGCGACCUAAUUAGAUUCGACUGUUUUUUCUUGGCGCAAUCGAGAUUUGAGCCAGCAGACGGUUGGCGUGAAACUUGAUUUGAGCACAUAUCAAUCUAAUUAGAAGAUUUAUUAAUCUAGCUAGACAAUUUCUUAAUCUAAUUAGGUGUCAUAUCAAUCUUAUUCAGACUUGCAACGGGCCGGGCCGGGCCGGGCCAAAAUUGGAAAUUUUCCGGCCCGGCCCGGCCCGGGAGGAUGCACCUAAAAAUUCAAAGCGAACUAGAACUUCGAAACGAACAUAAUUUUAUAGACUUAAAAUUUUAUAGACUUAAAAAGGCAAUGUUAUAGCAUAAAAACCUGUUAAAAAAUAGAAAUUGCUGUUUAAAGUCGCAAAAUUUUCACAAAAAUUACGAAAAUUUUCUCAAGAGUGGGCGGAGCCGGGCCGACCGGGCCGGGCCGGGCCGACGAUUUGCUGGCCCGGCCCGCCGGGCCGGCCCGGGAUUUGGCAAGUCUGAUCUUAUUAGGCCGCCGUAGAACUCGAGUACACUACGAUUAGAUUAAUAACGCAAUGCCAGAGUAAUGACCAGGCUCGGAAGCGGCUCAGCACCGCCCAGCCGGGCUGAGGAAAAGAAAAAAAUCUGGGCUGUAUUAUGGCGCCAUUUGAGUGCAAUCGCGCUUUACCGCAAUCCUUCGUGAAAACCCGGCCGCAUCCGCGAGCUUUUCCCAUUUAGAACUGAAUUAACUUGGUGAGUGGUAGGGCGCGAUUGUCAGUCUGCGACUGCAAUAAGUGAAUGCCUUCUAGAUUUGGUUGGAAGUCACAAAGCACGGUCUAAGAAUUUCUUCAAAGCUAACUAAGCUUGUCAGGUUACGAGUACCUCUUCUCGAUCUGGUUCUGCUAACAGCUUUUCGCGAUGGGUUCGGAAAGUAAGUAAAUCCAUGUGCGCUUUAUCGAGUCUGAAUGACUGACAGUCAAGAGACAGAUUCAGAAAAUAAUCCGAAUGUAGAGAUCUUCACGAUAAGUUCAGCUGACGAAUGUCGGUCUAUUAAAUACUUUGUGAUGGCGAAAACAAUUUUCAGGCUAAACGCUGUCCUGGUUGAGAGAAACCGAUCAAAACAGUGCUUACUGCACUUGUUCCUACUAGCUGAUGAACCUUCCACUGUAGAAUUCCGCAAAUUAAUCAAGGUAUUUAAGUAGAUACCGCAAUAGUACUUUUAAAGAUAAAAACACAUCAAGUUUUUUUUAUUUGAAACAGCCAUAAUGCACUUUCCCUAUAUCUCUGGGAACUCGAUUGCAAUCUAAUUAGAAGCGGUUGCAAUCAAAGUGAAGCUAAUUAUGUUGCAAACGAGUUCGUAUUAUUUAGAUUGCAAAGUUUUCUAAUUAGAUUGCAAAAUCUUCUAAUUAGAUUGCGAUCGCUGCGAUUAGAUUGCAAAGUUUUCUAAUUAGAUUGCAAAAUCUUCUAAUUAGAUUGCGAUCGCUGCGAUUAGAUUGCUAUUUUUUCUAAUUAGAUUGCGACAUCUUCUAAUUAGAUUGCAAUCUAACAAGAUUUUACUGGAACUUCAAUCAAAUCUUAUUAGAUUGCGAAAUGGAGCCUUUUCUAAUUAGAUUGCAAUCGAGUUCCCAGAGAUGUACUGUACUGCAAGCCUCAUUGAUAAAGUAAAAAAACAGUCCAAUCAGUUCAGAGAUUUCCACCACUUUUCAUUGACAUUGUAAUUUUCAGGCGACGUUUUCUGAAGCAGAAGAGGCUAGCGCCCUUAUUGAAGCUAUCGAGCCACCGUCACCAUCACUUAAAUAA